CAUCUUCUUCUUCUUCUUCGUCCUGCUUAUUAAGCCUUACUUGGUCUCUUGUUUUCCUUCCUUCCAUCCUUGGAGGAUAACAUGGCGAAGCGGGCAUUGUCCAACCCCUCCCGCGGCAGCGACACGGUGAGUAUCGUGGCCACUUCGGCCAUCAUCAACUUCGUCAACAACUACCAGUUCAUAGACCGGAUUGUGGGAGAGCAUUUUUAUGAUUCCUCUGUUGAAGAAAAGUGCAAUGUGAAUGACCUCCUUGGCAUCGUCAACAACAUCCUCUCGGGCGUCAUCCCGCUCGUCGAUAAGGACAGUGGCAACAAAAAGGUUCCUACAGAUGACCUGCAAACCAUUAUUCCCAGCAACAUUUCGCAUUUGAUUAACUGGAUCUGCUGCCAGAUGACAUGUGAGGCUGCGCGCAGCAAAAAUGUAGAGACGAGGUUGCUGCAGAUCUUCUCGAAGUUAUCAAGCUAUCGAUGGACCACCCAAGUCCUGCUGGUCCUCGCGGCCUUCGCUCUGCAAUACGGCGACUUCUGGUUCAUCUCCGAAGCUCCCUCCGACGGCCGGAACGCCCUGUCCACUUGCCUCCUGAAGGGCCUGAGCUCGCUCAAGAAGAAGCUCAUAUCCGACGAGAACAAGGCGGCGGCGAUGAUUCCUCUCAACAAGGUAGUCAACGACCUCUUGGAGUUGACCACUCACUUGGUUCGUCUCUCCAAGCUGGUGAUACAGAACCGCGGGAAGCACGUGCCUGAAUUGGCAACAGCAUUUCGAACAAUACCCAGGUGGAGCUGCGAGACCAUCGUCGCCAUUCUGGCCGCCGGGAACUAUUUCGCCCGGCUUAUCAAUGAUGAUAAGUUGGCAGAAUCAGAACUGGAUAUUAUUGCGUUGAGCGUGUCGGACACGAAGAGUGACGUUCUCAGAGCGGUCAAGAGUUGCGAGAGGAAAAUAGGCCAGAUGGAGGAGUAUCAGAAGUACGUGAAAAAGGUCGAAGCUCCUGUGGACAUCGUGGACUUUCUGAUUUCACUGCUUACUGCGAAGGAUUCCUCGCAGGAUCCAAUUGUUACUGGUCCCAAUGACACACCGGUCAAGUUUGAGUUGUUCAGGAAGAAGAGUGUAUUGCUGAUUAUAUCGGACCAAAACAUCUCUAGGGAUGACAUUGAGACUCUUAGAAUUAUUCAUGAUGAUGAAACUAAGCGCUUUCGAAUAAGCCCCGAGGACGACCCAAAAGCUGUUUCUAUCCAGAUUCAAACCGAGAAGGAGACGCUCUAUGAGCUUGUUUGGAUCCCUAUUGUGGAUGCGAGGCCGGAGAAUUUGGAACCACUGCCAAAAUUCAAUUCUCUGAUGCCAUGGGCUUAUAGGGUAGACCCACAGAAAAUGAAUGAGUGGGCCGCUACAUAUAUCAAGGAAGAGUGGCGUUUCAAGCGAGAAACCAUGGUUGUGGUGUUGGACUCGCUUGGUUUGGUGGAGAACACAGAUGCCAUGCCCAUGCUACGGAUAUGGGGGACAGACGCUUUCCCUUACACAGGGAAUGAAAGUACCCAUCCGUGGAGGGGGCCAUGUAAUUGGGUUCAGCUUGUAUUAAAACGGGUAGUCCAGCAGGGGACAUUGGAUGCGAUUAAGGAUGAGUACAUAUUGUUUUGGGGAGGACCUGCUGCUGCUGUGGAGGCAGCAGGUGCUGUCGGUGGCGGAAUUCCUAACCUUAGGGCAGUUCUAAUUGAGGACAUGAAGCACUUCCGCAUCCUCUUGAGGAGUUGCUUGAUUUGUAGGUUGCAAGCUCUGCAAAUUCAGAAAUUUGAAAGCAGCCCAUUGCGCGAUCCCAUAGUAUACCAGAUGAGUGAAGCCUACAAAGCCUGUCGAAAAGACGUGGUUGCAAUACUCGCCAAAGGGCCUGAGCUGCUGUUGGAGCAUGUAGGCCUUUUGAGUGAUUUAAAAUUGGUGAGGGAUGAGGUUGCCAAGGAUGGAUUGACAGCUCCUGCAAAAGGUUUCGAGAAGAAGUAUAAAGACGCUCAAGGACAGUCCAUAUGCCUGCACGUCUGCGUCCCACAUUAUACCAGUCUCGGGGAUUUCACUGCCCUGAUUGUAGCCGAUUCAUGAGGCACGAUCUUAGCCUCACGUGUUGCCAUUCCGAUCCUGAUUGAAGGGGGCUUGCGACGCGUGAAGCCCUUAGCCAACGCUAACGCUAAAUAAAAAAGCUUCAGUUCGGAGCAUGUUCGGUUGUGGAGUGUGCAAGGCGUGGCAGAGUGUUUACAUUUUUCUGUGCGUUUUCGGUUUGUUAACAUAUUAGCCUCUUUGUUCGCAAGAGAGCUAACUUCUGUUUACUUUCAUAUGCUUGUAAUGCGCUUGUGCUUCGGGCGAUAAGAGCCUCUCAGGGCCUUUUGUUGCCAUUUUAUCGAAUAAACAAAGAGAUUGACGAGGUUUGU